GCAAUAUGGCCGCGCGCUGCAGGCUGGUGGUCGUCGUGUGCCCUAGACGACGAUCCAAUCGCUAGUGUCGUACCGUACAAGUGCAAUAAAAAAAAAAAAAAGUUGGUGGCACGGGAGGGCGUAUACUUGGUGCGUGCAGUGGUUCGUGCAACCUGUGUCGUGUAGCGUUAUACAUAUGCGGUGCGCGACCUGACCCCUACUCAACGACCAAGGAUGUCGGACUACAUAAAGUCGGCCUUCGGCUACCUAAACGGUGCCUCGGCCGGCGCUGCUGCUGGUGUCGGCACUGGAGGAACAUCUCCUGGUGGCAGCGAGUACGUCGGCCAACAUCUGGAGAUCAGCGGCGUCAAGCUCCGCGUCACUCGACUCAUCGCCGAAGGAGGCUGGGCCUUGGUCUUUGCGGUAGAAGACGUGUCGACAGGAAAGGAAUACGCACUCAAGCGAAUGGUUGCAGCGGAUGAACAGGCCCAACAGACUAUUAUCCAAGAAAUCGCGACCCUCAAGGCCCUGACGAACCACCCGAACAUCAUCCAGUUCCUGUGCGUGCAGCAAGUCAACAACAACAAAGAAACCAGUGGCCGAGGCAACGAGUAUCUUCUAGUCUCGGAGCUGUGUCCCGGAGGUACUCUCGCGGACCUGCUGAGAAGCCUCCCGGCGAACGGUACUCUAAGUCUCGCCCAGAUUUGCCGAGUGGCCUACCAGGCGACCAAGGCAGUCCACCACAUGCACAGUCAGCAGCCCCAGCCCCUGAUACACAGGGACAUCAAGCUCGAGAACUUCCUGCUCGGCGCCGACGGGCUGAUCAAGCUCUGCGACUUUGGCAGCACGACCGUCCAGCAGAUUCUCCCCGAUACCUCGUGGAACGCCCAGAGGAGGGCCCAGCUAGAGGAUCACCUGUCCAAGUUCACGACCCCCAUGUACAGGGCACCCGAGAUGAUGGACACGUGGAACAACGAGCCCAUCGGCCCGCCCGUCGACUGCUGGGCGCUCGGCUGUAUAUUCUAUGCCCUCGUCGCGCUCAAGCAUCCCUUUCCCGAAGGCAAUAAGUUGGCGAUCAUCAAUGGAAAGUACGCACCGCUGCCGCCGAAUCCCCGGCUCUCCUGCUUCGGGGAGCUGAUCAAGGGCUGCCUGCAGGUCUCUCCUGUCCAGCGGCUGACGACGUCGGCAAUUCUAGAGCGGCUCGCCGCGAUCGCCGAAUCUAAUGGCUUCGACCCGCGCGAACCCGCGAAAAUCGACGUUGCGCCGCCACCGCCACCACCCACGCUGGCACCGACGAGACCCGCGCCCCCGACCCCGUCUCCGACGGCGGCACCUGUAGCGCCUCCUCCGAGACCUGCUCCACCCGUGCCGUCUGGUCAACCGCCACCAAGGCCAGUUCCUCCUCAGCAGCAGCAGCAGUUACCGCCGGGUCACCAGCAGAAAAUCCCCGGCCACCAGACGUCUGGUUUGUUCAGUUCCAUAAAGGGAGGCGCGGGUAGCCUCUUCCGCAACAUCAAAGACACGUCCUCGAAGGUGAUGCAGACGGUGCAGCAGAGCAUGGGCCGAACGGAACUAGACGCGAGCUACGUGACCUCACGCGUCCUGGUGAUGCCGUACCCAGCCGAUGGGAUAGAGUCGGCCUACCGGGCAAACCACGUCGAGGACGUACGAGCUUUCCUUCAGGCACGUCACCCACCACCUACGAAGAUACAGUUCUACAACUUGUCCAGGGGCAGGCCGAACGUCGCGAGGCUCAUCGGCCGGCACAUAGACUGUUCCUUUGCCUACGCCUCGAUGGAAGCCAAUGCGCCUCUGCUCUCCGCCAUCUACCAGAUCUGCCAGGACAUAUACCGGUUCCUCGACGCCGACGUACAUCAUAUCGUCGUCAUAUACUGCAACGACGGUCUGCGAGCGAGCGCGGUCGUUGCAUGCUCCCUAUUGUUGUACGGUGGCGCGAUGCGCAGCGCCGAGCAAGCCAUCAACAUGUUUACGACGCGGCGCUGCCAGCCACCCCAGAUGCAACCCUCGGAGCUGAGGAUACUCGAUUACAUGGCAAAGCUGGUGAACGGCGAGCUACCCCACAUGAAGCCUCUGGUACUCAGGUCGCUGCUCGUCCAGCCCGUGCCGCUAUUCACUCGAGCGCGCGACGGCUGCCGACCCUACGUCGAGAUAUACAGCAACGGUGCAAUGGUCUUCUCAACGAAGCGAGCAGAGUACGAGGAGAUGAAGCUGUACGGCAUGAUGGAGGGCAAGGUGUGCCUGAUCCUCGGCGACGCCACGGUCCGCGGUGACAUAACGAUGGUCGUGUACCACGCGCGCCAGCAGCUCGGCCGCGUGAUCGGCAUCAAAAUAGCGGCCCUGCACUUCCACACGGGCUACGUGUCGCUCACAGACAGCACGCUCAUCUUUGACAAGAACGACCUCGACGACACGCCCGAGGUGGGUGGCAAGUUUCGCGUCGUCGUCAAUGCGAUGAUCGGCGAGGACUCGGCCAAGUUCACGAGGGCACCUGCGCCCUGGGAGUCCGAGGAUGCGACUCAAUCUAGGUUCGCGCCUGACCCGCUCUUUGGCUCGACGCUCGAGAUGGAAGAGGCCCUCGACAAUUUCCGCACCAACGGCGCACCCUCCGACAAUAAACCAAAGCGGAGGGAUUCACUGGUGCGCGAAGCAGAGCCACUAGUCAACCAGUCCGAGGGGCCCAGACUGCCGCGCAGACCAUCGAGAGACUCUACGGCUCCAGUUGCUCCUCCUCGGCCAGAGACCUCUUCCUCCUUCGGGGAAGCCGACUUGCUAAACCUCGGCUCACCGAACAGCAACAACCUGAGAAAUACUCCAGCGCCGGCGGUGAAUCUCGACAUAUUCGCGUCGUCGAACUCUAGUCAGGCCCAAUCGGAUUCCACUGCUAACGUUGCCGCUAGCGCUACCACAGCGAGCGACUUGUUGGCUGGCUUCGGGGACUUUGCUCAAGCCGCACCCCUGACGACACCGGUGGUCAACGAGCCGGCCACAGGUGACGGCAAUGGUGACCUGUUCUUCGGCCAGACGAAUGGCAGCGGUAAGCCUACCGAUAUUGGGGACCUGUUGUUCGGCCAAGACAGCCAGAGCAAUCCUAGUGCACCCAGGCCUACACCCACCAGCGAGAAUAUGAUGUUCGACCCGUUCGGCUCGGCUGGCAAGGACAACAACAACCUCUUGGGCGGCAGCGGCUGCUGGCCCCAGUCGGCGACGACACCCAACAAUGCCGACGAGAGUCUGUUUCCUCGUAACGCGAGCGUUCCAAACUUUUCGUCCCAGGCCCAGCAGAGACCUGACCCGUUUGCGAACUUUGCGGGGGCAAUGGGUGCCGGUCUGGCGUCGAGUUGGAACGGUACUCCCAAGGAGUCAAACACCCCCCAGUCGGCCAGUCCGGCGAACGCUGGUACACCGGUGCAUUCGAGUCCACGCAUGCACAAGCCCGUCACGCCGAUCAACGAAGUGGCAUCCACGCAGGAGUCUGCCACGAAAAAACCCGCCGACGCGUUCGAGGAUCUGCUGGGCAGCCAGGGGUACAAGUUCACGCGCAAGGCGGAUAAGGACGGUCCAAAGACGAUCAACCAGAUGCGGAAAGUUGAGGCGGCCAGGACGAUGGACCCGGAGAAGCUCAAGGUCGCCGAGUGGACCGAGGGAAAGAAGAGCAACCUCAGGGCGCUGCUCUGCUCGAUGCACACCGUCGUCUGGGAAGGCUGCAAGUGGCAAAAGUGCGAGAUGCACGCCCUCGUGUCGCCCGCCGACGUCAAAAAAGCGUACAGGAAAGCCUGCCUCGCCGUCCAUCCGGACAAGCAAGUCGGAACGGCCAACGAGAACAUAGCCAAGCUGAUAUUCAUGGAGCUGAACAACGCCUGGAGCGUGUUCGAGAACGACGCGUCGCAGCAGAACCUAUUUAGCUAAUUGCCAGUUGUCGUUACUUGUUUUAGAGUAUCGCGAUCUAGAGUGUAUUAUACGAUGGAGAGGGAGAUGAGUCCAGUCGAGGAUUUCGAGGUUCGUUGUUGUCGCGUCUUGCUACUGCUCUCACCUAACUGUAAGAUACACAAACAGAGGAAACUCUUUUGUUGCAUUCCGUUAAGACUAAUGGUUAUAUUGUACAUGUAUAAACUAUGUAUAGAUAGAUAGCUCUUUGAAUGUUAUAUAUCAAUGAGAAGCGCGUAAAUAGUGUGACUCUCGUUUGUUAAGAAGGAAUAAUAGGCUCCAAAUGGGCAGAUUACCGCCGGUUAUUUCUGAUGCGACGCGGAAGAUGAUUCGUUGUUGUUGUUGAGACUUUGAUCAACUUUUCUGUGUUUCGUUUUAGUCCAAAGUUUGCAUUCCUAUGAUAUCACUAUAGAGCGUAAGGCACGUCAUUGAGACACAUUAUGUAUAUUUGAAAAACAAAACGAGAAGAAUUGUUUUUUUGUUGACAGAAAAUGUUUGUUACGAGAGAUGUGAAAGUAUUCGAUCAAUUGCAAAGAAAAGACUUAUUAGGUGUACAGAGUGGCUUUCGUCGGUAAUACAGAAAUUUUCGGUUGCCCAUGUCGCUAAAAUCUUUAUCUCUCUUCCAGCGGAGCUGACGAGCUUAUAAAAAAUAGAACAUAGCAUCCACGCGCUAGCAUGCACAUAAAUUGCGUACUAUGUAUAUAUGCCAGUGUAAAUUAUCAAAGAAAUAUAUAUAUGAAUUAUUUUCUGUGCAAUUAAUGGACAAAAAAAAAUAAUACACGAAACAAAAGAUAGCAUACGUCUAUUGUUGUAGUCUAGUGCUAUCACGAACUGCAUGAGGAUUUUUAUUUAUUUGUAUCUUUUUGAUCUUUCGUUAGAGAUACGCGAUCAUGUACGUCGUUACGUUACGAUUUUUACUCAUUUACAUUUUAAGUUUAGAUAGCCACAUUUUUAGUUACGUUAUAUAAUUUGACUGAACGUUUAUACAUUACUUUUUAAUUAUCCCAGUAAUUCAAAGAAGAAGAAAAAAAAAAUAAUAAACAUCACCGCUAC